AAUUUAGGGUUUUGAUGAAUCUACGAACUUUUCAUGGGAAUUUUCUGAAUAGCUCUGUUUGUUUGAAUGGAAUUUUUAGUUCCUAAUUUUCUGGAUAUGAAGAAAGUCGUAUUAUAUAUAUAUAUAUAUAGGCAUAUGUAUGCGUUUUAUGUUGUUUAAUCGUAGUUAAAUUCUUGUAAUCUUGCACAUAUUAACUAGAGAAAAAAAAAAAACGCAUAUUGGUUGAUUUUGUGGAUGGGUUGCUCGUAGAUAUUGAAAAUUGUUCAGUUAAGAUUUUUUAUAAUUGUGGGUAAUGUUGAAUUAAGUUGUCGAAUGGUGUGGAAUAAAAUCAGCUAAUCUCCUUCCGUCAUCAUCUUCUUCUUCGUUUUUCUUUGCCUCAAAUUUUGAAUCCCAUAGGGGAUGUAAACAAAUUAAUUAAUUAAGUUAGGGCAAGUCUAGGUCGGCUUGGGCCUCAAAUUUUAGAGAAAAUAUCCCAAAUUUAAGUUAGGGCAAGUUUUUCAGACGACACAAUCUGCUUCGACACUCCGCCUCCGCUAUCGCCUCAGGCUCAGGUGACACCGUGACAAGUCCCUCAACGUGCAGCAGGCCGACUUGAAAAUCUCAAAUUUGGCCAGCGAAAAUGGUUUCUGGGUUAAUCAAUGCCAAUCCUAUUGUAUAUGAGAAAAAGGAACGUCGUGCUCGUACCCCUCAAGGUGAUGUGGAAGAGUAUGCUGUCGAACCAAUCGAUAGUCUAGAAAUUUUUGAUCAUAUUAGAGACAUAAAAGAUCCAGAGCAUCCUUAUUCCUUAGAAGAGCUGAAGGUGAUAACAGAAGAUGCAGUUGAGGUAGAUGACAAAAGUAGCUGUGUAAGGGUUACAUUUACUCCAACAGUUGAACAUUGCAGUAUGGCAACAGUGAUUGGCCUUUGCUUGCGCGUGAAACUUUUGCGCAGUCUCCCUACCCGUUAUAAGGUGGAUAUUAAGGUAGCACCUGGGACUCAUGCAACUGAAGCAGCAGUAAAUAAACAGUUGAACGAUAAAGAACGGGUAGCAGCAGCAUUGGAAAAUCCUAACCUCGUAAAUAUGGUUGAUGAAUGCUUAGCUCCAUCAUUUGCAUGAAUGAGAAGUAUUCCUGAGCUCAUGCCGUGGAAAAACCAACCUCUCAAGACUUUUGUAGUUGCACUUCUGUUCGGGUCACAUAUAUACACACAGUUUAGUUUCACAUGUCAUUAGCUUUUUAAAUUAUUUUUAUUUUUGUGAGAAACAUUUUAUAUGUUUCCUCUUUUUGCUUGGGUCAAUGUCGUUGGCUUUAGCUGCAUGUUUAUGAUUUUUUGAAACUCAAUGUUUGAAUGGAUAGAAGUAUAAUGCAGCUAUACAUAAAUUUGUUUGUAAUUCUUUUUAAUAGAUUGCUGUGGAAUCUCA